AUGCGAAUAGCUCUUCACCUGUUUUUUAAUCGUCGUCAACUUCCGAAGGAUAAAUUUCUCCAAGUCUUCUCGAGCCUUCUACAUGAAGAAAGUCAAUACGUGCCGAUCGCCACAAAUCUUUUAAAUUGGGUUUUGUCUUCUCCAACAUACAUUCCAACGAUCGCUCGUGUCUUUAAAGCCAAUCAAGAGCAUCCCAGUAAACAAGAACUAGAAACUAUUGCCAGUGAAUUAAAGAACUUCGACAAGUAUUUUCGUAGAGGC